CCAAAGCGGCGUCUGUCACACGCACACCGUGACCGCGCUGGUACCGUAGUUACUGUACAUGCUGGGCUGGAUGGAGAUUUAACAUUCCAUCGACUAUUCUUCUCGCGGAUCAGUCCCACCUGAAACCUCGCGAAGUUUCCAACUGGGCUGUAUUUUGGUGGGCAGACAGACAGGAAAACAGGCACCGAGAGCGGUGUGGAGGCGAGUCCAAGAAAGGUGGAGACUCCUAUUCCUGGCUAACUUCCUGCACUGUAAUCUUCAAGAGAGAGAACUCAGGAGGACUGAAACGUUGCUCUGGCUAGGACGGAUGGAUUUACGGCUAAUUUAGCUUGUUUUCGGCGGUAAUUCGACCAACCCUUUCCCUGCUUUGGCUUGUUGGUCCCAUCUACCUGGACAGUAGCGCGUUAGCUGUGAGGAAGAUUCCCGACAUUUGAUUCUGCGGGGCGUUCCGAGAGACUGGAAUGGAGGUCUUAGUGGAGUACGAAUACAAUGCGCUCCACGAUGACGAGCUGACCCUGGUGCCGGGUGACAUCAUCAAGAACGUACGCUACAUUGAGGAAGAGGGCUGGAUGGAGGGAGAGCUCAAUGGGAGAAGAGGAGUCUUUCCAGACAACUUUGUUAAGGAGCUGAAAAAGGAUCCCAAAGAGGUCAAGGAAACCAAAAAUGAGCCGAAAGAGGAGGCCAUCCAACCUCAGGGGAGAGAGAGGAGUAACGUGGCCAACCUGGUCAAGAGGAUAAGCGUCAUCGGCAUCCCCACUGGGGGCUUCCAUCCUAUGCCACCAGCAGCAUCAAAGAAACCGAAGAAGAAGCAGUGCAAGGUAGAGUUUGAGUAUCAGCCAGUAAACGAAGACGAACUGGAGCUGAAAGUUGGAGACGUUGUAGACAUCAUUGAAGAGGUCGAGGACGGCUGGUGGAGUGGAAGCCUCAACGGCAAAUCCGGACUGUUUCCAUCCAACUUUGUCAAAGAGCUGGAGACGGUGGAAGAGGAGGCAGAGAUCAACGACACGGCGGCUGACAAGACUGAUGGAAGUGGAACCGAAGCAGUGGUCACUCCCACGUCUCCUCAGCCGGACUCAGGAAACGGAGCCACCCAACAAUCCAGACGGAUCAUAGGUGUCGGCUACGGAGACAUUUUUAAGGACGGUUCGGUCAAACUAAGGACGCGGAACAGCCCCAUCACAGAGGACAAGAAAGGCAAAGACCAAGAAAAAGACAAAGCUGGUCCAGCUCAGCCAGUCUCAUCAUUACCAUCAGCUGCAAAGCCUGCUCAUCCCAACAUGGCUGACUCCCAGAGGAUGGAAGUAGAAGCCAAACCCAAAGUUUCACCAGCUAAGGAGUGCUGUAAGGUCAAGUUUGCUUACGAGGGCAAGAAUGAGGAUGAACUGAGCCUCAAAGAGGGGGAGAUAGUGCACAUACUGAGCAAGGAUACUGGUGAACCUGGGUGGUGGAGAGGGGAGGUUGGAGGCAAAGACGGGGUCUUUCCUAACAAUUUUGUUACAGUUGCUAUGGAUGCAGAAAAGGAGGCAGCACCAUCAAGAGGAUCUGUGAAAUUGCUGCCAAAGCCAGAGACGGAGGAGAAACCAAGGAAACCACCUCCGCCAACAAAGACACCAGCUUCCAAGCCAGAGCUGCCCAACGCGGAGAAGAAGCCUCUUAUCAUCAGGCCAGAGGACAGAGCUGACAAGCCCACUCCAGAACCCAAACCUCUUAAACCUCCUGCACCGAACCCACACAAGAAGCCGGUCCCGCUUCCACCCAAGAAACCAGAGAAGCCCAUUGCUCCCUCAUUAAAUCUCAAGCACAAUGGAGAGGUGCCUUCUACACGACCAAAGUCAGAUUUUGAGCCCGUAUUGCCAACUAAACCCAAAACGCUGUCAGGAGACUGGGGGGAAAAGCAUUCUGAUUCAGGAGAUCUGAUGGGUUUUGAUGACUUGUCAUCUGCCUCGGAGAAGCUCACUCACCCAACUGCUAACAGACCAAAGAUGCCCGGCAGGAGGCUCCCUGGCCAGUUUGUUGGAGGACAAUCGCCUCCGAAGGAAGUGGGUGCUGAGAAAUCUUUCAAGUUUGAGGAGGAGGAUAGUGCCAAACCCAAGCCAACAGAACACAAAAAGCCUUCCAACAACUCCAACCAGUCUCCGCAACUGAGCAGGCCCUCCGAAACCAAACCAGUCCUUGCGGCCAUCCCCAGUUUGGACACCAGCAUCUCGCAGAACAGCAAAGCCCAACCAGAGCCAGAGGAGCAGAGAGCCCAGCAGGAUGAGCUCAAAAGCCAAAUACAAGAGCUGCUGUUGUCUGUGGAGCUGCUCAAAGCCCAGCAAAUGAAAGAAAUAACGGAGCUGCGACGAGAGCUGGAUGAGGAGCGAGUGAAGCGCGUGACCCUGCAGAUGGAGGUAGAGAAGCUAAAGCGGGCCAUCCAUUCAACGUGAACCAUUCUGCCCGAUCAACAGCAAGCCUCAAGCUCAGUUGCCAGUCCGCCGAACAGCCAGGCAGGAGAAAGAGGCGUGUGGCGGCAGCGAUGGACUGGUGGCUGAAAGGACGAAGAGAAGUUGGACGAUCUGGUUUUCGCAAUCUUCAAAAACAAACUCUUCCUAUAUUUGUACAAGUUUUUGCACAUAUCGUUUUUUUUUUGUUUUUUUUCAAACUAGGUGUAAUUAAGUCAUAGUUGUAUGUUUCUUUCUUCUUUUUUUGUUAAUUUGCCAACAUAAAACAAAACGACAAACUGAGGCCUUAAUUCAAACUACUGUGCUGGAUGGCUCUGCCUCUCCUGUCCUCGCCUCGUCCCUCCAGCGUUCCUUCAGGUCCUCGGGGACGAGGUUCGCUCUCAUUACUACUGACUCUUUUGAAAGCAGGGACUGCUUCUCCUCAUCUAAUCUAACUUCCUUCCUCUCAUCGUUUUAUGAUGCACAUAUAUUUGAUUCUUUUUAAGUAGGAUUGUUUCAGAUAUUUGAUUUAAGUUAACAUCUUUGGGAUUCAAAUAAUUUCCAUCUUCCAGGGCAGCUGCCUCUCUGUGGCUGCAGUGCUUUAUGUUUUUUUUUCCAUCUUUUAUAUGUUUUCUAACAUUUCUAUCCAGGGUAACACUACUGUGCCUGUUUAAAAAAACAAAACAAAAACAAAAGUAUAUUAAAUGUUUAUAAUGGGAUCUGGAAGAUUUGCAGCAUGAUUAUUGUAUAUGUAUAUUUUUUAAAUCUAUGGACUUGUUAAAUAUUAUAUAGUGGGCCUUUUUCCUGUUUGGACUCUUCUAUUUUGCUGCCACUCUUUAUAUAUAUAUAUAUAUAUAUAUAUAUAUAUAUAUAUAUGAGAACACAGGCAUGCAAAAAAAUCUCAUCUAAAGGUGGAAAAAGUGAGGGUGUGAGGAUCUGUUUUCAACAUGGCCGCCGUCUUGCUCAGCUAUCUUGGAUUCAAACUGAAUCUGAUCCGACUGGAUUCUUGUCUUUCUGCUGGGUAAUCAUUAAGCGAACUGGAAGCGCAAAGCAGCGAUAAAACAUAACCACCCCCCAUUCCAACUCAGCCAGGUUUAUCACAUGCUUCAUGUGAUCUGGUGGCAUUGACUGCAGGUCUUUGGGACAUCUCAGAACUUUAGAUCACCACCACUUUGAAUGUGCAAACAUUCGUUUCAGGCUGAAGUUUGAUACUCCCUCUUCAUUUACUCUGAGGAAUCAAACUUUUUGGCAUUUGCCCGGAGAACGAUCAGCUAUAAAAUUAGACUUUGAUUUCUUUAUUUUUUUUGUUCCAAAGAAUAUAACACACAGGAUGGAUACAAACUGUUACGGUGUUGGGUAGAAAGUCUGAAUCCAAGAGAAAAAAAGGAAUUGCAUGAUUAUCCACAUUUGUGCAUCAAAGCAUCUGGUUGUUUAGAACUUUUAAUUGAUUGCUGAUCUCUGGUCAAUCUGAACAGACCGGUGCAUCUCUAUCUAAAAUACCAUUUAACUUUUCUGUUGUUUUUUAUCGAGGUUCUGGUGAAUGGAUGAACUAUAGUACAAAAAAAAAUCUGACAUGAUUUCCUGGAUGUAGGCAUGGGUCGGAAUGAGAUUCUCACAAUAUGAUAAACAACACAAUAUUUACGCAGAAAAUUCCUAACAUUAUUCUGUUGUACUCAAUUCAAGCAGCAAUUAUUCCUACUACUGCUAAAAUAAUACAACAUAUUAUUACAGUUAUAAUGUAAACUAUAAAAUGUAUUGAUUGUGUUUUUUUUUAACCAGACAUAUAAACACCAAACAGAUGUGAAGGAGCCUUCUUUCAGCAAACUGACCAGCAGUGGGGUGUUGGCAGCUCUGUGUGAUGAUUAAACUGGGGGAUCCUUCGUUGCUGAACUUUCCUAUUGAACACACUUUAAACUGUAGGUUCAGUGGGUUUGAAACUGUAACUUUUAGAAAUGUGGUAUUUUUUUUUUUUUUUUUUUGUGACCGGACCAUUCCUAAUAGGGGCUUAAAUUACAUUUUAAUUCAUCUGGUUUCAACUACCUGCAGAAUCCUCCUCCAGCUGAUUUUACGCUCACUGCUGUUCAGAUAUCAGACUGACAUCAUGGCAAAUCUUUACAAAAUGCUGGAUUUUUCUUUUUUUUUUUUUUCUUUAAUACAUAUUUGGAAGUCCAAAAUCAUGAGAAGUAAAUCUGGAAAAUUGUAAUCACAAAUGAAGCUGUGCAAGUUUCAGAGGUGUUUCUGCUCUGAGGACCAUCAGGUUAUCAUUUCCAAGUCGAAUGUUUCUGCUUUACAUUUGCUACUGUGCAACACCGUGUCUAAUGUAUCUCACCGUUGUCUUAAAGUGUUCCAGAGUGCUUUGACCAAGUGAAAUAUGACCUGAACACAUUUCUGUUGUGCUCGCUCCUUAACAUGUCUGGAAAUGAAAUGGCUGUUGGAAAAGAGGAACCUUAGGGUUGGGUUGAUCAAGGCUGCAGCUAUAAAUUAUACCUGUAACAAAAUGGCUUCCACUUGUUUUACAUUCCAGAGUUUGACACCAAGAAAAGAAGACAUCUCUGCACUUUUUUUUUACAUGUUCCAGUGAAUUCUGUUUACAAAAGCUGUAUCUUUGCAUGAGCUGAGAUUCUUUGCAGAAAUGAAUAAAUAUCGUCUCUAUUUCCUG